AUGAUUUUUUCAUCGAUUCUUAAUUUAUAUUUUGCUGUUGGUAUAAUUUGUCUUUCGAACAUACUAUGUGCAAAACAAAAAGCGAAAACAGUUACCACUCUUAUUGAUGCAAAGUGGGAAGUAACUCCAAUUGUGUUAGAAGUUGCUGAAUAUAUAAGUGAAGAAUCUAAAGAUGAUUUUUGGAGUUACAUAAAUGAUGUUAGUCAACUGAAACCACAACUUAUUGAGGUAGAAAAUGAUAAGAUUCAUUACGAUACAGCGUUAAAGCUGGCAAAAAAAUAUUUGUCCAAUUCUCAAAUAAAGGCAAUCAAGUUAGCUUUAUCGCUGCAUAUAUUUUCUCCUAAAAUAGAAAUGUUUGGUCAAAUGGCUUCUGAAUGUGGAGUGCCAGAAAGUAGAUGUCCAUCUGCAGUGGAUUUCAAUGGAAGAUUGUUUUGUCAUAUUAAUGAAUUUUUGCAAUACUUUAAUGAUAACGAAAAAAAAAAGUCUGAAAAGCCAGAAUUGUAUGAUGUGGACCAUAUAUAUCCGACUUCUGAAAAUCAUUCACAUGUUGCCAUUUUGUAUGCAGAAUUAGGUACUUCUGAAUUUGCAGAAAUGCAUUUAGCAAUGAAAGAUUUAGCUUCCCAAAACAGAUUAUCAUAUGUAUUUAGACAUUAUGUAAAGGAAAGACCUUUCAAAAGAGUUCGACUUUCUGGUUAUGGUGUUGAACUUCAAAUGAAAUCAACAGAGUACAAAGUAAUGGAUGAUGCUCAAGUUAAAGCAAAUGAAUCUUCUUCGGCAAGUGAAACAGAAGAUCCAGAUGAAGAAGUAGAAGGAUUGAAUUUUUACAAACUAAAAAAUUUGUAUCCUGAACAGAAAAUGGAAUUAGAAAAAUUUCGAUCUCAUUUGUUAGAAACUAGCAAUGAAAUGGCACCGCUUAAAGUAUGGCAAGUGCAAGAACUGAGUUUACAAGCUGCAGAACGUAUAUUAUCAUCUUCUUCUGGUGAAGAAGCUCUUAAAACGAUGACACAUAUUGCUCAUAAUUUCCCACUACAAGCUAGAUCAUUAAUUAAAACUCGAGUUCGGCCAGAAUUAAAAAAAGAAAUAUUAAAAAAUCAAGAAGUGUUUGAUAGUGUAUUAAAUCUUUCACCAAAUGAUGCUGCCAUUUUUAUAAACGGAAUGUAUUUUGAUGUUGAAGUAUUGGACAUAAUAUCCCUACUGGAAGUUUUACGACAAGAAUUAAGAAUAAUGGAAAAGUUGCAUAAAAUUGGAGUGGAAGAAGAAGAUAUAAAAAACUUGAUCAAUUUAGAUUUGUCAGUGUCCUCAACUGAUUAUGCUAUAGACAUAAGGGAUUCUGCUGUGAUUUGGAUCAAUGACAUUGAAAACGACAGGCAAUAUAGAAAAUGGUCAGAUUCUUUGUUAGAUCUCCUCAGGCCAACGUUUCCAGGAAUGUUAAGAAGCAUAAGACGAAAUCUUUACAAUUUAGUUCUCAUAGUGGAUCCUUCAAAAAAAGAAUCCAAGCCGUUAUUAAAGCUAAUGGAAUCAUUUUAUAUACAUAGUGCGCCAUUAAGAUUGGGUUUAGCUUUUGCUAUCACCGAUGAUAAAACCAAAACUGGUUUGAAUGAUCCAGGAAUUGCCAUGCUCAACGCGUUCAAUUACGUGGCAGAAGCCAAAAAUCCCUACAGUGGUCUCAGUUUCAUGACGGAUGUGUAUGCUUCAGUGCCGGAUGAAAAGGAUGUAACCGUGGAAGACAUUCAUAAAAAAAUUAAAGCAAAAUAUCCCAGCAUUGACAUUGAUCAAGUUUUUGGAGAAGAUUCGGCAUAUGACACGGGUAGAAAAUUGUCGGUUGAAUUUUUGCAAAGAAGUGGUUUUAGAAAAGUUCCACAGGCUUUGUUAAACGGAGUACCAUUGUCUGAUAAAAAACUUAACGCCGAUGAUUUCGAAGAAGGUGUUUUGAGUGAAAUAAUGACUCAAACUCCUCAAUUGCAAAAAGCCGUGUUCAAAGAAGAAUUUAUCGAUACCGACAGCGCCAUUGAUUUCCUGAUGAGUAGACCUAAUGUCAUGCCCAGAUUGAAUGAAAGGAUUUUAUCCGAAAAUGCCGUGUACUUGGAUCUCACGGGAAAUGCUGUGCCCACAUCCAGUCCUUCAGAGUACAAAAAACUUUCCAUGCAAGAAAAAAUUGGAACGUUAAUUAAAAAUAUGAAAUAUUUUACCGGGAAAAUCGGUCAAAAGAAAAAACCGGAUUUAAUAACGCAUUGGGUUGUUGCGGAUUUAGAUUGUCCAAAAGGACGGCAAAUGUUAAAAUCUGCACUUGAACAAAUGAAAGGAUCAUCAAGCAUACGUGUGGGAAUCAUAGUCAAUCCAGUUUCAUCCACGGUUGCUCCAAUAACUGAAUUAAUUUUAACAUCUUUGGGAACGUUAAACUCGGACGUAGCCGCAAAUUACAUUUACAAAAUUUUAGAUAACGAACCUGUUUUCGAAGCUCUGGAUGGCUUCCGUCGUCCUCCUGAUUUUUUAUUACCGGGAUUAAACGUUGCCGAUAUUGCAGAAGCGUUGCUCGACGGGAAUUUAGCCAAGAAAAUCGUUGCCAUGCAUCGCAUUUUUGUAAAAUCCGUUUUAAAAUUUAAACCGGGAGAAAGAGGCAUUGUGACCAACGGACGAGUUUACGGACCUUUUGAUUCUGAGGAAACGUUCGUCGCGGAUGAUUUUGCCCUUCUCGACAGGCUCAGUUACAAUCACAUUGGGCAAAAAAUAUUUCAAGGGCUUAAUAAGGAUAAAAAGAGCACUACCGAAGAGGGAAACUUUAAUUAUCUCACGAGUGACAAUCUCAUGCAAACCAUUUCCGUUUUGGCUUCUCGUUCCGAUUCAAGAGUCAGAUUUAAAAUACCAUUAAAAUCUACGGAUCAGGUGCUUAGUUGCGUGGAUAUACCACCUUUUAAUUCUUCUAUACCUUCGUUUGACAUCGUCGCCAUUGUUGAUCCCGUAUCUAAGGGAGCUCAAAAAAUAGGACCUAUACUAUCCGUUCUUCAUCAGACGGUGAACAGUCACGUUCGCGUUUAUUUAAACUGCGUGGAAAAAAAUAGUGACUUGCCCUUGAAAAACUUUUACAAAUACGUUUUGGAACCGGAACUUCAUUUUCAACCGGAUGGAAAAUUAACUCCUGGUCCUAUAGCAAAAUUUUCCAAUUUACCGACUUCGGUGCUUUUCACUCAAAAUAUGCACGUGCCGGAAAAUUGGAUCGUCGAAAGCAUUCGAUCACCCUACGAUUUAGAUAAUAUUAAAUUGGAUAACGUACUCGAAAGUGGCGUUCACAGCGAAUUCGAACUCGAAUACCUUCUUCUCGAGGGUCACUGUUUUGAAGCGAUGCUGGGAAAUCCUCCGAGAGGUUUACAAAUCACUCUAGGUACGGAAAUCAAUCCGGCCAAAUACGAUACCAUAGUCAUGGCCAAUUUGGGAUACUUUCAACUUAAAGCUAAUCCCGGGGCGUGGACGUUGAGACUUCGCGAGGGAAGAUCAUCGGAGAUAUUUAACAUCAUUGACACCGACGAAUCCGGUAAUUCGGUGAUCGUCAAAGACAUAAAAGUAAUAAUAUCAUCGUUCAGGAGUCACGUUUUGAAACUCAGAGUUCAGAAAAAACCGGAUAAAAUGAAAUUAGAUUUACUGUCGGAAGAUGACGGAGGAACAGGAAUAUGGAAUUCAAUCACCAGUUCAUUCGGAUCGAAAUCGGAAGAUGUCGAUGACGUCAUUAAUAUAUUUUCUCUGGCGAGUGGACACCUGUACGAAAGAUUCAUUAAAAUUAUGAUGUUGAGCGUUAUAAAACACACUCAGACUAAGGUUAAAUUUUGGUUUUUGAAAAAUUACCUUUCACCAACUCUCAAGGAUUUUUUACCCCACAUGGCCAAACAUUACGGUUUCGAAUUCGAAUUGGUCGAAUACAAAUGGCCGAGAUGGUUACAUCAACAAUCGGAAAAACAAAGGAUUAUCUGGGGUUAUAAAAUUUUAUUUCUCGAUGUUUUAUUUCCGCUUCACGUGAGAAAAAUAAUAUUCGUAGAUGCCGAUCAAGUCGUGCGAGCCGACAUGAAAGAACUUCGCGACAUGGAUUUGGGUGGUGCGCCCUACGGUUACACUCCGUUUUGCAACAGCAGAAAAGAAAUGGAUGGAUUUAGAUUUUGGAAUCAGGGAUAUUGGAGAAAUCAUCUUCAGGGAAGGAGGUAUCACAUAAGUGCUUUGUACGUUGUCGAUUUGAAACGUUUCAGACGAAUCGCGGCCGGAGACAGGUUGAGAGGUCAAUAUCAAGCUCUAAGCAAAGAUCCCAACAGUUUGUCUAAUUUAGAUCAAGAUUUACCCAAUAACAUGAUACAUCAAGUUGCUAUUAAAAGUUUACCCGAAGAAUGGUUAUGGUGCGAAACGUGGUGCGAUGACAAAUCGAAAGAAUUUGCUAAAACGAUUGAUCUUUGUAAUAAUCCACUGACGAAAGAAGCCAAAUUAACAGCCGCAAUGAGAAUAAUUGAAGAAUGGAAAGAUUACGAUCACGAAAUAAAAGAAUUACAAAGGAAAAUUGAUUUAAGUUCGAAUAUUGAAGAAAUAACGGAUAAUAAUAAUAAUAAUAAUAAUAAUAAUAAUAAGCCUUCUCACACACACGUUCAUACUGAAUUAUGA